UCAUAGGCUUUAGCAAGGCGAGUAGCGUUUCCACAGUCGCGUUUGGAGAGGGAAUCGUACAUAGUACAAGACUUUUUGAUAGAAUCAAAUCAGCGAGGGGGUUGGGCUGGGAGGAGCCACACGGCGGCAGCGCUGAGCUCUUGCUCUGUCAGUAACACAUGUCAGGGUAGAGGGAGCAGAGAGUGGCAGAGAGAAGCAGGAGAGCUCAGCCUUGCCAGAUCGCUUCUGUUGUCGUGUGUAGCAGCCCGGCUUCUUCCAUUAUCUGACACCGGAGCCCGAGAUCGUUGAGCCUGAGAUCCGCCGGGACUGCUCGGUCUCCAUAUUGUGCUUGCGAGCGCUCCCUCUGCCCGGCCCGUCACAGGGGGAAUAGCGCCGAGUUGAGCCGAAGCAAAGUUGCUGCUGGGAGAAGGAAAGGGAGGGACUGGGCUUGUGGAACUGACUGGAUCUGUGUCUGCAGCGACAGCAUUGCGAGAGGGGAUCGGACCUUGCGGCAUUUGAUAUCCCUAUACACAGCCAGGGAUCGGGCAAGAUCAUGGUGAAUCCAGGUAGCAGCUCCCAGCCACCCCCUGUCACAGCGAGCACCCUCUCCUGGAAAAGAUGCGCAGGUUGCGGGGGCAAGAUUGCGGAUCGGUUUUUGCUUUAUGCCAUGGAUAGUUACUGGCACAGCAGAUGCUUAAAAUGCUCUUGCUGCCAGGCUCAGCUUGGGGAGAUCGGGACAUCUUGUUACACCAAGAGUGGGAUGAUCCUCUGCAGAAAUGACUACAUCAGGUUAUUUGGAAAUAGCGGAGCUUGCAGCGCUUGUGGGCAGUCCAUUCCAGCCAGCGAAUUGGUCAUGAGGGCACAGGGAAAUGUUUAUCAUCUUAAAUGUUUCACGUGUUCUACCUGUCGGAAUCGCCUUGUCCCCGGGGACCGGUUUCACUAUAUCAAUGGCAGUUUAUUCUGCGAGCAUGAUAGACCUACAGCUCUCAUCAAUGGUCAUUUGAAUUCACUUCAGAGCAAUCCACUACUGCCAGACCAGAAGGUGAAUGCUUUGUCUGUUAAAGUGUCCCAGUAAUACAGAAUGCGUGCCUUCAUCUCAGAUUCUGUUCAUCGCAGAUGGAUCCCAUGUGUCUGCAGUAGACAAGUCACCUUUGUAGCUAGCACUAGUGCCAGCCUCAUGCCAUUGCACCUUCUCUAUUCUCCGUUGCCCUCCACACACAUUUUUUGGUGUUUCAAAUUGACUGUUGAACAUUAAGGACGCCAUAAACCUGGGCUUAUGGGAGAGACUCUUGAAUAAAAUAAGAGAUUCACCAGAGGAUUUCUUUGGGAGGGGUAAAUGACUGAUGAAGCUAAUUACAAGAAGACUUUCUACCCUUCUCACCAAUAACUGACCAGAGUUUGCACCCUCUGUUCUAUCUUGACAACAUUCUAAUUGCUCUUUGUAUAUUUACGUGUUGUAAGGAAAUCUGUUUCAAUCAAAUGAACAUAAGAUAAAGGAGAGCUGUAACUUUUGUGGUACUCUAUCACAAACACUUUUAUUGUAUCUCUGUAAAAUACAAUGUAUGUAUGCAUGUAUGUGGGAUUUUUUUAUUUUAUAUUUUUUUUGUUUGUUUUUGUCUUGUUGCUACUUCCCACAGCAAAAAAAAAAAAAAAAGGGAAUGGGCGGGGAGAGAAUCUGCUAUUGUGUAGAAAUUUUCACCUACUUGCUGAUUGAAGAAAUCUUUUAUUUGUGAUAUUUUCAGAGACAUUUGCUCUAGUAUGGUGUAUUUAAAUAAUAAAAUAAUAAAUGCUAUUGUUCAAUAGUGAUUUGAACACUGAUAAUUAAGGAAUUAUAUAUUUUAAUGU